AUCCUUCACAGAGCACGAACCAUGGCAAUUCACAUAUAUUCCCAAUCUCAGCAUUUGUUGACCAUGGAGGGUGCUAAGAGCCUAAGAGUGAAUGUUACACAUUACAAUCAAAUGUUUCUUUUCAAAAUAUGCUUAAUUUGGUCAAGAAUUAGUGAUAUGUGAUUGAUAUGAUAUGAUAAGAACUGAAAGGGGGUGCUUGGAUUUACUGAUUAUGAUUAAGAUAAUGACAAAUAUAUGUGUGGUGUUACAGGUUAUCGUAGUGCAUAUCUAGGAUUGUUUGUUGCGGUGAAAGAUAGAAGCUAGGCCAGUAGAGAGGCUACCUGAUGUAAUGCAACACUUUUAAGAUCAGGGCAGUGGCUAUGUUGGAAGCUGUACAAGAGAUUGCAAUAUACAUUCAUAGGUUUCACAAUCUUGACCUUUUUCAUCAAGGAUGGUAUCAGAUUAAAAUUACUAUGAGAUGGGAGGACGAUGAAACAAUAUCUUUUGGAAUUCCAGCUAGAGUUGUUCAAUAUGAAGCUCCUGAUCUGGGUCCUAGCAAUUUAUUUGGUAUUUGGAGGAUUGAUGAUACAGACAAUAGUUUCUCAACACAGCCCUUUGGGAUAAAAUAUGCUAGGCAGGACAUUCAUUUAUGUAUGAUGAUCUCAUUCAAUUUAUCACUUAGUAGAUUUGAGGUUUUACCUACAACAGCUGUAAUUUUGAAGUUUGAGCUUAUGUUUGCUCCUACAUUUGAAAAUGGUGCUGAUUUGCAAGCUUCUCUGGAUGCUUACCCUGCUGCUGUCCAUGAAUUCCGAAUUCCUCCUAAAGCUCUUUUAGGGUUACAUUCAUAUUGUCCUGUACAUUUUGAUGCUUUACAUGCAGUGCUGGUUGAUGUCAGCGUACAUGUCAGUUUACUGAAAUCUGCUUCUUACCAGUCCACAUCGAAGGUACCCAGCAAUUCUCGCAAUUCUGAAUUUGUUGCUGAUAAAAGCAAUGACACAUUGAACCAAGGUUUAGAAGUUGCCUCGCCCUCUAUACAGUUGAGAAAUGUCAAGCUUGUUAGAGCAUUAUUAACAGCUCGUGAUAUAUUACUUGAAGAAUUACAAAAACUUGGCAAAGCAGUUGAUCAAGCUAUUGAUAUUUCAGAGUUUGUAUCAAAAAGGAAUAAUAUGAAAUUAUUAAAUUCUAUUCUGCAAGCUAAUCAGUUCACAACUGAUGUUGAAAUUUCAGGACAAGGCAAGCAACAAAAUAGUCUUGAGGGAGGAAAUGGUGCUCUAGAUAUUUUGAAAGCUAAAAAGCUUCGUUCCUGGUCAAAGAAAGAGGUCCUGUACUGUUAUCAUGCAGUGGGAAAUCAAUUGUCAUAUUUAUGGAACAUAUUUCUAAAGUUCCAUAGGGAGAACAAAACAAAGAUUCUAGAAUUUUUGCAUGAUACAUGGGCUAAGGAUCGGAAAGCUGAAUGGUCAAUAUGGAUGGUGUACUCUAAGGUUGAGAUGCCUCAUCAUUAUAUAAACAGUGGGAGUGAUGAGUCUUCCCAUCGUGGGGUACACAGAAGAGUUUCCAGUUUGUGGAAACUAUCUGACGAUCCUCUUCAGACUGCAACUACUCGUGCAGAACUUCAUCGAAGGAGCAUUGCACAAAUGAGGAUAAACAACCGUUCAAUUCAAGACAUGCAUAUAUUUGGAGAUCCGUCACGUAUACCAAUUGUGAGUGUGGAACGUGUGAUGAAUGCACCUCGACGUACUAUCAGUGAAAAUUCAUACUUGAGACAUGUAGCACUUAUAAACAGUCUCAACUUGGACACUGCAAGCAAGACAUCUGCACCACAAAGUAGUACUCGUGUGUUGAAGAUUGUUGUCUUUGUGCAUGGAUUUCAGGGGCAUCAUCUGGAUUUACGACUUAUUCGAAAUCAAUGGCUUUUGAUAGAUCCUGAGGUAAAAUUUCUUAUGUCUGAGGCUAAUGAAGAUAGAACAUCAGGAGACUUCAGAGAAAUGGGACAACGACUAGCUCAGGAAGUUAUUUCUUUCGUUAAAAAGAAAAUGGACAAAGCCUCAAGAUAUAGAAAUUUGGGAGAUAUUAGGUUAAGUUUUGUUGGACAUUCUAUUGGUAACCUCAUUAUAAGAGCAGCGAUAGCAGAAAGCAUGAUGGAGCCAUUUCUAAGAUAUCUAUAUACAUAUGUUUCAGUAUCUGGUCCACAUUUAGGGUAUCUUUACAGUUCAAACUCUUUGUUUAAUUCUGGAUUAUGGCUUUUGAAGAAACUUAAAGGCAUGCAGUGUAUUCGUCAGCUCACCUUCACUGAUGAUCCAGAUAUCCAAAAUACAUUUCUCUAUAAGUUGUGUAAGCAAAAGACCUUGGAUCAUUUUAGGAAUACUGUGUUGCUAUCUUCCCCUCAGGAUGGUUAUGUACCCUACCAUUCUGCUAGAAUUGAAUCAUGCCAAGCUGCUUCACAUGACAAUUCCAAGAAGAGUAGAUUGUUCCUAGAGAUGCUGAAUGAUUGUUUGGACCAAAUUCGUGCCAAUCCCUCUGAACAUCGAGUUUUCAUGCGUUGUGAUGUCAAUUUUGAUGCCACUACCUAUGGCAAGAAUUUAAACUCAUUCAUUGGUCGAGCUGCACAUAUUGAGUUUCUGGAAUCUGACAUUUUUGCAAGGUUCAUAAUGUGGUCAUUCCCAGAACUAUUUCGAUAGAGGUUCCUAUCAUUUGCCUUAUUUGCAUUAAGGUUUUCUAAAGUAUUCAGACUGACAUAAGCUUGGCCCCACUUAUCAGCAUCAGAUAUCAGUUGUGGCCAGAUUUUAGUCACAAGUCAUUCAAAGAAUUGCAAUCACCUUGGUAUGUGUAAAUUGGCAGGAGGAUGAAGACAUCUAAGCUGCAUAUUUGGUUGGCUUCAAGAUGUUUAUUUGCAACACAUAUAUACAUAUAGCUAUAGGAAUGGUUCCAGAAGUAAUAGUGUGUAAUUAUUUUAGGUUAGGUAAAUCACUGUUAAUGUCAUGCUUUUACAAUGUUACUUCCGAAGCCAUUAACAUACUGAGGGAAGGGAAUCAGGUUGCAGUGGAAUUGUUUAUAGCAAGGAGAGAUUCACACUUUUAGGUUUAAUUUUAACAAAUAUUUAGAUCAAGAUUUUAUCCUUUAAACCAAGCAACAUGACAGCCUUAUAUUCAUAUAUGAUUAGGUCAAAUUUU